AUGAAUACAACAAUAUUGACAAAUGAUACAAACUCAACAGUGACAUAUCCUUCGGAGCCACACUAUUCAUUAAACACCAGUCCGGUCAUUAUCGCUCGAUUCUAUCAAAUAGGUUAUUCAUUUACAUUUCUACUUGGUUUUAUUGGAAAUCUAGCUAGUUUAUCUACAUUUUCACGAGCAACAUUACGAAAAGUAUCUACUGGAUGUCUCUUUAUUAUUUUGGCUAUUUCAGACAUGUUAUAUUUACUCACCUCUAUCUUUGAUUAUUUGGAAUUCGGUCUAAAGAUUCCUUUUAAUGGUCGUCUUGCAUAUAAUGAACUUUGUCGAUUUCGUGUAUUUAUGAUAAAUGUAGCUCAAUUAGCAUCAGCAUGGAUAUUAGUGAUAAUUUCAAUUGAUCGAUGGAUUCGAACACGAUUUCCCUUCAAAUCAAAUUUAAUCUGUACACCAAACAAAGCUUUGAUAGCUGUGACUCUAUUACUGGUGAUCGAUAUUGCUCUUCAUUCUCAUAUAUUAACACCCAUGUUUGGAACGCUUCUACCUGGUUUUUCAAUUUUAGCAUGUGGACCGAAUCCAAUCUACAAUUCAUAUAUAUCAUUUUACUUCCUUCAAUGGAGUAUUGUUCAGGUCAGUCAAAAGCUUAAUGAUUACUGA